GGAUAUUCGGCAUUGCUUAAACCGCCCCAACCUAGCCAGAGCUCAACCCUUUAUUUCCGUUUCAAAUCAAAAGCGUUAGCUGAUUCCCAUUUACUGGGAUCUCUCCCAACUGCCAAUCCAUGGCUCUAAUCACUCGAACGACGGCCACCGGCGCCGCCUCUCGCCUCCCUCUCCUUCUCUCCGCCAACCAGGCGCUCUCACUCCAUACCACUAUCCCUUCUCUCUCUCCCUCAACCGCCUCCACCCCAACCCCGUAUUCUCGACCUCCUCUCCCGGCAACUUCCUCUCCCACGGGCCUCUCCAAGGCGGCCGAGUACGUAAUCUCGAAAGUCGAUGACCUCCUCAACUGGGCUCGCCGCGGUUCUAUCUGGCCCAUGACCUUCGGUCUUGCUUGCUGUGCUGUCGAGAUGAUGCACACCGGAGCCGCUCGCUAUGAUCUCGAUCGUUUCGGUAUCAUUUUUAGGCCUAGCCCUCGCCAGUCUGAUUGCAUGAUUGUCGCUGGUACCCUCACCAACAAGAUGGCCCCUGCUCUGCGCAAGGUUUAUGACCAAAUGCCAGAGCCUAGGUGGGUCAUUUCAAUGGGAAGCUGUGCGAAUGGAGGGGGGUACUACCACUACUCAUACUCUGUUGUUCGAGGUUGUGAUAGAAUUGUUCCUGUGGACAUCUAUGUUCCAGGGUGCCCACCCACUGCUGAAGCUCUACUCUAUGGACUUCUCCAGCUUCAGAAAAAAAUCAACAGGCGUAAGGAUUUCCUCCACUGGUGGACCAAGUAAGGAAUCUCUACUUGCUACAUGGCAGUAUUGGCUACACACUUGACCGUUAAAUAAAUCCAUGGUAUCAGUUCUCUGUUGAAAGGCCCUCUAGAGGAAGGCACCAUUAUCUAGAUGUACAAUCUAGAAAGUUGUUUUGAAACUUUGGUGUUAAAAUCAGUCAGAUUUUCUUUCUCUGAUGUUUGUAUGGUGGUUGUACCUCCUGUAUUGCUCUAACGUUUGAGCUACAUUAGUGGAUGCUCAUGAUUUUGUUUAAAAUCAGUAUGAAUAAAUUGUGUUUGAACGUUGUGCUCUCUGGAAUUCCUUGAUUUGAGCCCGUAUUUGCCGUUGGUCAAAAGAAAACAACCCACAUUUG